AUGGGUUUGCAAUAUGUUGGAGCUAUUGUCCUCACGGCUCUCUUGGGACAGGCAGUGGGACUGAAAGCAAACUCGCUGGUAGCACCCAAAGGCGCCGAAGUCCUCACCGUUGGUAUUAUUGGAGACUACGGUUGGACGGGAUGGGUCCCGAUCCCAGACCACUUCUGCCGCGAGGUUCUCCCGCGACUGACUGCUGCGGGAAUUGAGAUCCCUAACGACAUCGCCAAGGACUGCGAUCCUGAUGACAAGCUAGCCAUUGGAAACGCCACCGCUCUGCAGCUGGAUACGUCGGCUUAUGUUGGCCAGAUCUGUGCCAUCAAGAAUUGCAGCGCCUUCAUCUCGGUGGGCGAUAACUUCUACGAGAGUGGUGUUACCCUCUCUUCCGGAGGCAUCGCCCGCUUCGAGCAAGCCUGGGUCGGUAUGUACAAUGAGGGAGCGUUUGACAAAACACCUUGGUAUCAAUGCUUGGGCAACCACGAUAUUGUGCCCGGGCAGGCUGGUGUUGAUUUCCAGACCAAAGUGGCUCCGCUCUACGACGACCGCUGGUACUUUGGCACCAAAGGGCUCCCGUACUACACCUAUGAUCUUGUCGGCGCGGACUGGACGGCAACUUUUGUGGUGGUGGACUCGGACUGCUACCUAGAUAGCUAUCAGAAGAAGUCAUCGGUCUACAAAAACUCCUACACCUCGGCAUGCCACAACAACACCCAAGUUCAAACUGAUUUCCUGAACACCACCUUUUCCAACUCUAAUGCAACGUGGAAGUUCCUUCAACUUCACCAUCCUUACGCUUCCGCCACUGGCAAUGAGACCGAUCUGGCCCCGUUGAUCAAAAUCGUGGAGAAACACAAUGCGGUCGUCUUGAACGGGCAUGACCAUUGCCUGGGCCAUUUCUUCCUUAACAACACCAAUUUCAUCCUCUCAGGAGCCGCCGGGUUCCCAGAAGCGGCGGCUUGCAAUAACGGGACGGCUCCGGGGCCGUACGCUCGGUAUCUUGGGGCCAAUAACUUGACUGCGGCAAACGGAUUCGUCACAAUGGAUAUCAGUCGAGACACAGUCGCGGUGGAAUAUUAUGCUCGGGAUAUGCAGUUCGAGAAUGGUGACCUGUUCCCCGUGAAAAGUGAUUUGAAGCCGAGUUACACCUUCAAUAUCACUCAAAAGGCGAAAUGA